GUUCGCCAGAAAGUAAGGCAGUUCCGAGGAUUGUGAGGUAGUAGUAACGGCGGAGAGAUAAAAGAGGAGUAAAAGAGAAUGAAAACUUGGUCGGGGAGGAUUUGAUCGUCGCGUGAAAAGAAUCUAACGCCAUGUCCAAGUGCUGCUGCAGCUGCAUCGACGCCUGCACAACCACCGAGGCGUAUCAGCCGCUAAAGACUCACACCUAUUUGCGUGACAUUGUUUACGAGCCAUCCGGAAACGGCAGAAAAAUUCUGAGAAGCCCGAGGAAUCGUCGCAGAAAGCCCAGCGUUCGUUACGACGUGGUGAGGACACGGACUGGAAACGACAGCGAGCAGUCGACGCCACAUCGCCAUCUGCUUGGGACUCUGCGAGGCACCCCGAGCCAUUCUCAUAAUCAUCAGCACAACCAUUCUCACAGACAUGAACCAGCACCGCCACCACCAACGUAUCUCGCCCCUCCGCCACCACCACCAGCGUCGAGUUAUAUCACGGUGCAACGCGGCUGCGCUCUGCAUUCGAGGCUCGACCAGCCGGUGACCAGCUCAACGCCUGGAAUGGACAACAAAAAGAUUGUCCAAUCGGCUGCACCGCCCGCAGUACCUGUCCAGGUACGUAGCAAGCACGAUGGCUCGGGUGUGGCAGCUUCCGUAUCGGGGGUGCGGAGACGGAGCGGUCCUCAAGGGGGACUGCGUUCGCCCGCUGCAAAGAGGCCCCUCUCCGCCCCCGUUGCACUUCAGGGAUGGCUGCAUAAGCAGGGUUCGGAGGGUCUCAUGCUGUGGAAGAAACGUUGGUUCGUUCUCUCCGAGUACUGUCUCUUUUAUUACAAAGGCCCGGAAGAGGAGAAACUACUAGGUUCGAUAUUACUUCCUUCGUACAGAGUUACCGUCUGCAAACCCGAGGACAAAGUCAACAAGAAGUUCGCCUUCAAGGCCGAACAUGCCAACAUGAGGACUUACCACUUUGCAGCUGACAAUCGCGAAAGCAUGAAUCAAUGGGUGAACGCGCUGACUCUGGCGACGCUUCUGCAAGAUCCUAAUCCUGGCGCGGGCGAAGCUGCAGUGGUCAUCGAGAUAGCGCAGGAUGGCGAACGAAGCGCCCGGCCUAGCGUCUCGUCGAUCUCGUCGAUCCUGAAUCAAAGCGCCGACGAUAGCGAUUCUGGCUUCCACGGCUUUCAAUCGCGCGACGAUCCCAGCCACGCCUCGAACAACAACUCCAGCCCGAACAGCGCGAACACUGCCUCCUUCCCGAAUCUCAGCAGUAGCAACAGCAACGGCAAUUCCGCCAACAAUCAUACGAGCGACUCGGGCCACCCGAUGAUGAACGGUUGGGUGCCACAGCCAAUCUCGCAAUACGGCCAGCCCAGCACUUCUCAGUCGCAACAACAGCAGCAGCAAUACGGGCACUUGCAGCAAAUGCAACCGGGUCACUCGCACCAGCAUCAAGCGUUGUUGCAUCAACAUCUAUCGCACCCGAAUGCGCUUCCGACUCAUCAGUCGUCACAUCCGCACAAGCAUAUGGUCCAACAAUCACCGCAGCAACAGCCGUCAUCUCAACAGCUGUCGCAUUCCAUCGCGAGCAAUGUUCAGACUGUGCAGCCCAUGUCCAGAAAAUUCGGACAGCCCAUUUACGCGAACGCGCCGCCAAAACCGAGAAGAUUGACAGACGGUUCCAACGAAUACUCGACGCCGUCGCCGGAUCCGGAUUAUCGGCAAAGCCCGGUCUCGCCGGACGUUACAGUGACUAGUAAAAGCCCAAUGUCCGACUAUGAGAGAAACAAUACGAUUUAUGGCACGCGGAUGAAUCAGCCGCCGCAGCAUCAGAGUCUGCGGACCGACAAGUCGGGUCUGAAUUACGGCUAUGGUCAGAUCGCGCAACCGACAGAGAGGAGAACCCCAGACACGUACGGUCGUAGCGCAAAACCGAGGACCAGCAACAGAGAUAAUGGCGAUUACGAGGAGCUCUACGGAACUCCGCCGCUUUAUCAAAGACCCGCGGGUCCGGUGGGUUAUACGAAGGGCGCCUCCCCGGCGCCAAUUCCCAUCCCUGUUUACGCGCAGCAGCAACAUCUUCAACAACUACUACAUUCCCCCGUCACGCCGACGCACAUGCCGUUGGCGAGGCAGCCGAGAACCCAACCGCCACCGCGACCGCAUAGCGCAGACUUUCUGGAGUACGAAGCGGCAAGGCGACCUCAGCAACCUGCGCAGUGCGAAAGACCGCCGGAUCAGCAGAGACGUCCACAGAGGCCCAAGUCCAGCCUAGAUAUAAUGAAUCCGUCAGAUGCGACCAACGACGGUUACUUUUAUUCCGAGGAAAGAUACGCGGCGCAGAUGCGGCAGUCUGCGGUUUAUUUGCAUCAAACGCCGCAGCAUUAUCAGCAACAGCGGAAUCAAUCUCUCUCGCGCGUCACAAUGCAGCCAAAACUGCCGGGUAUCCGCGACAAGACCGACGAGAGUAGAAUAUCCAUUAUACCGGAUUCAACCUGCCCGGCUCUGAGACGUACGCAGCGAGAUCACGUUCAUGGGCAACACACGAUGCCCGCUCAACCGCUGACGCAGAGACAUUCCGAGAUAAUGGGCACCGACCCAAAAUUCCGAAGAUCCUUGCGCGAGAAGAGCUACGAGGCGAAUAGCCACGAAAUGCUAGCGCAUGGUGGUGAGGACAACACGAUUCCUCGAAGAGUACCGCGUGGCGAGUACGACGGGUGGGGGCGAACGACGGGUCACAGUGUCCACGGAACCCACAUCGCUCAGACGUAUCACGCCGGUCACGCAGGUGGUGGCAGACGAUGGAGCGAGCAGCAGCAGUUCUGCAGAUCGGCGUCGGCGCGUUUGCCAAGGACACGGCAUCCCGCCGCGCUUGAUCCCAACGACGACGACUACGCCGAGAGGUCCUCCGAGCAGGAUUCGCGAGAUGGUGAACGCAAGAUUCAGCAGCGCGAAGAAUCGAUGAAGCGGUUGCUGGAAUGGAAGCAGCGUAUGCUGCAAUCCCCGUUGACGCGAAAGCCAUCCGGUUCGGCCAAUCGGGGCAGGGCACAAAAUGAUCUUUCGAGUUACUACAAGCAACAGGCGCUGCUGGAUUUGGCAGCGCACGAGGCCGCCGUAGCAGAGGGUCGUCACUCUCGUAGACGGGAGGAUGGGCAUCGUCCGCACGUCAGGAGCAAGAGUUCGGAUGGUCGUCGGGCUGCUGUCAACGUGCCACGCUAUAACAGCUACUCCAGCGAUGACGAAGAGCUGGGAGAUGUCCGGAGGAAGCGCACGCGCAGACCCCCGCAUGCAGGAAGGAGCCCCCGGCACGACCGGUCAUCGGCGAUGACGUCGACCGUCCAGGAUGUCACGAUAUCCUCCGGCGGCCGCACGAGCGUUAAUCAGACGUCUCAGUUGCAAGCGUUUAACACUCGCAAGACGAAUUCGAGUGGAAGCGCGGGCGGCAUACCGCCGGACGCGGGUUACGAUGAGGUGAGCUUCCCGCCGCUGAUGAGAAACGAUUACGCGUAUGCGCCGUCGACGAUGGAUAAGCGGUCGUCCCCCAGAAGAUCGGAUCCGGAGACCACGUAUGAGAAUUCUGCGGUCAAGCACAAGAGUUCGAAAAAGCCAUUGGGAAUCCUGAAAACGUCGACCGCUUACAGCUACGACCAGCGACAAUUCGAUGGACAACAAGCCGUCAGCAAGAUCGAGAUUAACAAAUCGGAUAAUAUGCGCGGAUAUCGCAGCAGCGAGUCCUGGCACGAACGGAAGAACGUACAGUGGGACGCCAAGGACGAUAUCGACGAAUGGGAUCCCGGUAUCGACGAGAGUAAAGUUAUCAAAGAAUUCUCUUAUCAGUAUAUUAAUCCUAAGAAAAUCGCGACGUCACCAAAGGUGGAGGAUGAAAAGUCCGAGAUCAUGAAUCUAGUGCAAUGCCGAAUCAGGUCCUUCGAAAUGAACAUGGACAACGCCAGUCCCGCCACAAUGAUGUUGUCUAUGCAGGAGCCGUUGAAGGUGUCGCCGCUGCAGGCAACCGAAGCUCACGUUUCGAAACUCGAUUGCGCGAACAAGACCUCGUCCGUCAUACGUAACUUCGCUUUGGGUGAUUCGAGCGUUUCGGAGAACGUUUCCAAGCACAAGAGCGUAGAAGAGGGACACGCUAAGCAAGCCUCGACUGACAGUAACAAGUCGGUCAAAGAUCUCCUAGCGGAUUUUGAACGAAAGUCACAACAGACUAAUCGGCAAAAGUGUGAGAAGCGGCGAGAAUCAAAACAUUGCGAAGAUCAUGAUACGUUACGGUAUAAUAUUGGCAAUAAUGCGGAACGUCGAAACGAUGGAAAAUUUAUCGAAAAGGAAAACAACGAACAAGCAGACGAAGCCGUUGCGCAAUGUUUCGAUGCAGACAUCCUCUAUACCAGUAUGCAAAUGCAAAAUUUUGAUGAAUCUCAGAGCAAGAUGACCAGCUCGAAGGACAGUCUGACUGAACAAUGUGUGCCAUCCGAUGAUUUAGACAUUAUCUCAAGUUCCAAUUGUGCCAGAACAAGUAUGACCGAAUCUCUGUUAACGCAUGACGAUCAAUUCCCCGAUGAUAUCGACCCGAUCAUUGCUAUUUCGAAGCAGGACGACAUUAACAAUGAGGAUCAUUAUCUUCCUAUGUCUCCCAGAAAGGCUAUUCUAGAUCCGAAUAGCGACGACAGGCCGAAUCCCAAGAUAAUGGAAAGCCUAUUUGCCAACCUAGAACACGAGGAGAGCUCGUACGUGGAGAUGACGCAGAACGGGAUGAAUCGUUCUCUUUUGGCACCAAAUGAGGAUAGCGUAAAGCACGAUUCUGGUGAUUAUUCCACGCUAGACACAUCUCAUUAUGAAUUUGUCUGCGUGUCGGACAACAAGAUGGAACCGGUAUAUAUGGAGGUAAGUCAGUUAUCCGAGAAAGAAGAGGAAAAUAAUGAUAAAACAUCCUCGACAAAGAAGAAUGAGACGUCGUUUCAUUCCAGAAGCGAUUUGCCCGAUAUUUUGACGGCGCUUAAAUCCGACAGUUCAGACGCCGACGACGAAUCAUCCAAGGAUCUCGAUUCUAUAGACGCACCGCGGCAUCCGCGUUUCAGUUUGUCCGACACCUUUCGACCAGCUUCCUACUACUUGGGAGCCAGUCGCAAUAUGAUUGCGGAAUUACAUGAUUCAUCGGACAGUGAAUUGGUUUCUCCGCCGCCGAUACCAACCUCACCGCCGCCGUUAGACGAUUUAGAUUCUCUAGAUAUGCAGGAGUCAGAAAUGAAGAAAAUGUCGCCUCAGGUGGUGACGACGAAAGACAAUUCGUUGAACCGCGAUUCUCCAAAGUCUUGGAACAAAGCGAUGGGUCAAGUGGAGACGCACAGACCGCCGUCAAGAUUUUCCGACGCAACCAUCAGCUCCACUUUCAGAGACAGCAGAAUAUCACUGGAGAGUGCAUCCGGAAGUGAUUCAGUCGAACUUAGAAAUCCAGAGGAGGAAGCGCGUCACAGACAACUGAAAAGAAGACCCGUCAGCGAUGAUGUUUGCGAGGUUUUGGACAGUCUAGACGAGUUGGAGUCGUUGGGAAGUCGUUUUGACGGCACGAGCUUCGACCUCGAUCAAUACUUGGAGGUAUUACAGGCUCGAGAUGCGUUCAACGUGGAUCUCUACGCGAAGGAUCUGAGCUACAACAGCAUUUACGGGUUUAACGAGAACAUGCUGGUGGUCGAUAAACUGCAAAAGACUACGUGUCAAGAUCUGUCGAGAAAGAUGAAAUUAAUGUCCAGCAAUCUCGACCGGCCAUUCGAUUAUUCCGGUAAAAACAAGACCGGUUCAGCGAGUAGUUUACCGUCCAUGAGGGUAUCCGAUCUACCGCCUGCUCAUCAGCAUUCGCAGUCUUUCACUUGCGACGCGCAUUACGAGAACGUUGCGAGUUUCUCGCCGCUUCGCGGCUCGCCGGCAGUCCGACCCGACAGCGACGAACUGCCAUCGCGCGACAGGAUGCAGAGCGCGUCGCAGAGCAUUAACGCGCUGCCAGUUUCUCACAGCAGGGACUCGAGUUACUCGAACGCGUCGGUUGCGGCGUCGAUCUCUGCGUCCAUGGUUUGCCAAAGGCCCGCCAGCGCGCAAUCCUCGAUGCACUCCGCCGUCAACGCGUUCGCGUCUUCGGUGAAUCGCGCCAGCGCGUACACGGAACGGAGGUUCUCGUGUCACUCGAGGUCCGCCAGUCACGACACGUGCGUGCGACACGUGCUGCCGAAUCAUCGAUUGACCUCCAGCCAGGACUCGAGUCAUUAUCCCAGCCCGAUGCCGCAAGCUGCUAAUCCCGUUUUGCAACAGUCGUAUUUGCCGAACGUGGGCGAACAGCGUACUCAGAGCGAUCAAUCGGGAGCGCCGUAUUACUAUUCCGAUCUUCAAGCCAAUGUCAACAGCGCGAGCGACAUGGAGCUCGCCAAGCCAACGAUCGGUCAUACCUCGCGAUUACCUCAACUCAACAAUCAGAGGGACGACGCUGCCGUUGCUUUGAACAAGCGUAACGACAUCGGUCGUAUAGUGAAUCCGAUCGCGCGACAGAUGCCGCGGCAGAUUCAAGUAGACGAUAUAGACGAGGCCAGACGCAUCGCCGCGGAGCUGAGACGUACAACUUGCCAAUUGUUGGGCGACAACAAGGCCGCCCUCGUGGACAAACGUAACUUUUACGAGGCCGAUACGCUACGUCGAGUAAAGUCUACCGAUCCGCUGCCAGACGUAUCGCUGCCCGAAGCCAGAAACUUGUAUCCCCACGGUCUUAGAGAUAAAUCUGUUGAUCCGGGCAGCAUCGAUAACACCGAAGCGACGCACGUCGCGCAAACGUCUCAUCGCCGGUCGAGAUCUCUAGAGGGAUUACUCGACGACGUCGGUCUGCAAAAUUUAGUGGAGCAACGAAACCGAGCUAACCGAGCGGCGGCGACGGCGGUUUCAGCGGCCUCGACCAGCCAGAUCGAAGCGACGCUGCAGAAUCUGCCGUCAUCCGACGAUCAUGGCACUACGACCGACGAUAAUUUCCAUACCGAGGAUCCCUGGGAGCAGGACAGUCUCUGGCGCGAGAGCCUAAGAAGAGUGAGCCUGCGGAAUGCCAGAUCCUUGGAUAAUCUGGACAGUCCGCCGAGACCUGGAGGGCACGGUGACAUUAAAUCACGUAGUAAGGUCACCCGAGGGGCGACUUACGUGAACGACAGCGUCAGUCUACGCAGGGAAGAAUCGUCGGGUGGCGAGCAGCCGCGAGUCAAACGUAGAGUGAAACAGGAUCAAGGGCGAGAACGAUCGAUCGAGAGUAAUGAUAUCGUCGAUGUCGUCGACGACGACGACGACGUCGUCGCUUAUGAAGCCUCGAUGGAACGAGUAGGCGCGGGCGGCUACGUGUGGGAUCCGCAGAACGAGGCCUACCGCAAGUCCACCGCAGUGUCGGAUCGCAGGAAUCAUUUUUUAGAGGACGGCAACCUUCCCCCGGCUCGCUCGAACCCGGACGUCCGAAUGUCCGCGACGUCGUUCGAGCUCGACCGAGAGAAGCUCCGCCAAUGGGACCUGUUAUCGAGCGCCUGCUUACUCCAGGAGCAGCAGCGCACCUCGAUGGCGGAUUCGGGGCGAGGGUUGCCGAUCGCGGGACAAUCUGGAGAAGCUCCCGAUUCCAGACUCGUCGUCGUUACGGCGACAAUGACGACGACGACGACAACGACAACGGCGACGACGACGACGAUGACGAUGACGAUGACGAUGACGAUGACGAUGACGACAACGAUGACGCCGACGACGACGACGAUGAUGACGACGAUCCCGACGAUGGAGAUCGACAACGGGCAGGUAGACGUUAUCGUAAAGCCGAUCGAUACCGCGGCGGUAUGCGACGUUUUGGCGACGAAGAUGCCGAUCAAGCGGCAGGAACCGUGUAAACGGGCUGCAGCGUCCGGCUCGGGGUCCGUGAUAGGAAGAGAUCCACUUCCGCCUAGGGCCGUCAGCACGUCUCAUCUGCCUCAAAGAACGUUGACUCAACCACCGACGGCGGUGUCCACUCUUCCGUUACCGAGAAGCAACGCCGGUAGCGGACAUCGGCAACUGCCGCUUCCGCUCCAUCGCUCGAAUCCACAGCAGCAACCAUCUAUGAGGCAGCUGGAUAGCGAGACCUCCGCCCAGAUGCUGAGGGCCGUCAGCAACGGCGACAUCGUCAAGGGUCCCGGCAUGGUUACCGGGAACGAGAUGAGAGACCUGAGGUUAGCGUCACCGAGCGGUCAUUCCACUCAACGAAUGAUCAGUCCGGUCGGGCACUUGCGGGUCGCUUCGUUAAACGAUCACCGCGUCUCCAGUCCCAGCGAUAGCGAAAUACACGUGCACAGCCCAAGCGAAAGAAAAAUGAUGAGCUCGAUCGGCAGGGAAGUCGAUCGAGGAGGUACAACGACGGCGACGAGUCAGAGACAAAAUCAGCAGCAACGGAUGCGCGCGGAUUGCAACGAACUGCUGCAUAAAAGGAGCAACGCCAACAGUUCCCUGAGAACGGACGUCGGCGGCAGGCAGGUGACACAGGCCGGUGCGUCCGGGUUGGUGCGCGUCUCCGCCGGUGAGCUUCUCGGCAGGACCCACGAGGAGCUGGUGCUGCUGCUGAUCCAGUUGCGACGUCAGAACGCGACGGUCCUCAAGGCGAUGGAGACGUGUCACAUGGAAAUCGAGGCGCAGGCUAGACUGGCGGAACUCGACACACCGAGACGAUUGGAGAAUCUUCAAAAACUCGAGGAACUCAAGAGACACCUAAUGGAUCUCGAAAAGCAGUACGAGAAGAGCAAGCCUCUCGUGAAUCUUGUGGAUAAUAUGGUGAAAUUGGGCUCUCUAUAUAAUCGUAACACUGCCAACGGGAUCAGCAAUGUUUCUGGUUCUCGUCAUGAUCUCAUGCACGAAAAUACGAGGGAUCAUCGCGAUCGUCUGGAAUUUAAUCAGAGAGUACAAGAGCAACGAUUGUUGGCCGAGGAACGCAGAGAUUGGGACAGAUUGAGUCCCGAUCAUGGACAGUUACAGGCCAAAGUGCAGCAGCUCUACAAACUCGAUCGAUUGCUUCAAGAGGAAUCUGGUACGCUGCAUAGUCUCCAACAAGACAAGGAAAUACUCGAGAAGGCUUUGGGCGGAUUGCGGCACAAACUGCAAGGUAGCAGGAGCAAUUUGGCUGAAGCCGAACGAUACCGGAAGCAGCAACUUCUGUUGGAGCGCGAAUUGAGCAGAGUGAGGGUGUUGCUAGCUCACAAUUCAAAGGUAAAACCGAUAUUCUUCCAGAAACUUGAGGAGACGGUAGCCGAAAAUGCGAGGUUGGAGCAAGAUUUAGUAGUACUGAGGCAAAAAGUGCAAGCGUCCAGAAGAUAUGCCGGUAAUAUCGCGAGAGACACUUCGAGCACGACCGCACCGCUGGAAGCGGAAUUACGACGAAUGCAGCAACUUGUCGGCGAUCUGCAAAGACAAAGAAAGGAAUUGAGCAUUCAAGUUCGCCAACUGACAGAGAAAUCUCACAGUUUGGUACAGCAAAUUCGCCCGCAGCCUCUACAUGGUGAAUUUAAAUCUUCUCAGAUACAUCAUCCCAAGAAGCGUACACAAAAUUCUUGGCUAGAGACCGACUUAGAUUCCGGAAUAACUUUGGAUCACGGUUUAGACUCGCCAUCAAGUCCAUCUUUAUCCAUCUCACCUCCGAAUAAGCAAAAUGAUAAUUCUCAGCGAUAUGGGUCUCCCACGCAAUACAAGGAUUUAUCUCCUUUAAAUCGUCCGCAAAAUCAACAAUCUUUUGCACAAUCCUCCCAAAAUCAUAUAUCGGCGCUUUCUCCGCAAUUGCGUGAGCAGAUUCAACAACAUCAAUUAAAGCAACAAUUAUUAAAAGAUCAAAUGCAGGGCAAAGGUAGCGCGAUUCAAGUGGCACCUUUGUACGUUAAUACAGAUUCUAGAAUAACAGGCGAUUACGUUGCCGAUACGAAUAAGCAUAACGGAAACAUAUUGAAUGGCACGUCAAAUUCUGCUCCGGAAUAUAUCCCACCGCCGCCGCCGCCGCCACCUUUGAGCGAAGAGACAUUAUUGAACGAUAAUUAUAAACAAAAUGAAGACAACAAAUUCGCCGGAUUAAUUCACAAUCGCGAGAAGCAAGAGAUCAAAACGGUGCGUAUAGUAAAACGUGAAUCGGAAAGGCGUCAAAGGGAUCGUGGCGAUAGAACCGGCAAUAUUGGGAUUCCUCUGACAAACGGCCUUCAAGCACCAGGCGGCGCAAAGAGAUUGUGCGACGAUGAUUUGGGAGGCUCCCAAAAAUUCGAAAAAGCUCAACUGGGCAAAGUAGUCGAAGAAUCUCCAUCGAUUAUUCACGCGCAAAGCACGGUUCAACUGUCUGAACUAGAUGAUGUUCAGUUCCAACGAAGCAUGUCUUUGCCGCGCGGUUUCGGCGGACAAAAGCAGCACUCUGGGAUACACUACGGGCCAGUGGUACCUCCACCACGCAGCGAUAGCAUGCACGCUCUCAAAAGUAUGAUGGCGCGACGACAUAAAAUUAGGUUUGAAAAUCACGACGGCAGUUCCGAUAGCACUUUAUCACCGUACACGGACAGCCCUACGUCCAGCUCUUAUGUGCCGAUGAGUUCACCCAACUAUUCUACCGCAUCGUCCUAUAGCUCAAGUCAGAAUCAAAAUUAUUCGCCGCAAGCGGCGAUGGUCACCGCACAGUCUCAUUAUCACAACCAUCCGUUCGGACCACUGUACAGGCAAUAUGACAAAACUGCGACUUUCGCGGAUACCGUGAGCUCCGAAUUAACAUCGUCGACUAACAUUGGCGUUCACGAUGCGCGACCGGUUGUUGUCGCACCGACGGCGAAUGCAAAGCAAUCCGAAUCGCCACAAUUGUCACCGAUAUUCAAAAGCGAGGCUGCCAAACAAAUUAUUAAAGAAAUGACGGAGAAAAAAGUGGAAGGACCGAGACGAAGACAAAUACCGCGGGAGAAGAGACGGCACUAUACUGUGUCUAGUAGUAAACCGGUGCUCGACUUGGAAGAUACUUUCUCGAAGAUGGGCAUGGGAAGAGCUAGAGAUGAUUUGGACAUGGAAAGAGCGCUCAGACCCAGAAUAAACGCUCCUGAUGUGGUGCGAUCAACGCUAAGUCACAAAGAGUUGAAGUAUAAUGAGAGUACCAUAGAUCAGCUAUUAGGCACGCCCAACAAAAUUGUUAUUCCCGAGCGAUAUAUUCCCGAACAGACGCCGGAACUAACAGCGGAAGAACAGGAGCAGCGCUUAAAAAAGGCGGAAGCGAUCAGAAAAAUGCUUUCGGAAACGACCGUGACUGCACCGGAAGGAGGUGACGAUGACUCUAACAUAGAAAAAUCAGAUACAUUGAAACGAAAAGUGGUGGAAGAAAAACGACAGAGGGAACAUAUUCUUCAACUUAAUCAGAUAUUGGCGAAGCAAGUGAUGGAGAAAAGUAAAAUGGUAGCAGUGAAUGCUCUGGCAACGCUUCCUCUGAAAACUGAAUCGAGCUUAGAUGAUGAAGAUCUCUCGCCAGUGACUCCUUUACCACUUUACCAGCAAAGGGAAAACUAUUACUCGUAAGCAUCAUUCCAAGAGCACAAGUAACACUACUGCCAACACAAAGAAGAAAGAGGAAAAAAAAGAAACAUAAAGGAAUCCCUUUCCAAGAAUUUAAUUCAGAAGCGUGCAAAACAGGAAAUAAUUAUACAGCAAAAAGUGCUUUUUAUUUGCAAUUUGAGUGCAAUUGUACAUAAUCAACGACUAAAUAAAACGAUAAUAAUAGCUAUCAUGUUUAUUAAUAAGGAUUCGUAAUAAAACAAUUAUACACGUAUGAAGAAAUGUUAAUUAAUUUAAAAGCAGACUGCGUGAUCGAAAAAAUUGUCGGUUAUCAGACUGAAUAUCUCUCAUAAUUCUCUUAAACGCUAAAUUUAUCAGCGUUGCGAUUUAUUAUCAUUUUUUAUCAAUGACAUUCAACAUUAAAUAAGCGUCACUUGUCGGAUGAAAAUAAAAUUUUGUCCGCGUGACGAAUUACCGGAUAAUUAAUGUCCGGCUUUGGGAAACCUUUUAUCGCGUCUCUUCGCAAUCGAAAGUUCUUUUUCGAAAGUUUUCAAAUCGAUACGUAUUUAUAAGUAUACAAGACUAUUCUCGAUUGAGAGAGAAUCUGAUUUGGAUAUCGUUAUUCGUAUAUCUCGUUUUAAGUAUGUACAAUCAUUUUCACAAACUUUUAUAUCGACACAAGCGAGCAAACUGCGACGAAAUUGCGUACUAUCACCAAAGCCUGAACGAAGUUAGUAUCUUUAGAUUUAUAAUGACACGCGAUAGAGGCUCUUUAUUUUAGCAAGGACGAAUUUGAAAAAAAAAAGAACGAGUAACUAUUAAAAUGUCAAAAACGCUAAAAUAUCGAGCCUCUCCUAGAUUUUAUUCGCCGAGCUCGAUGACAACGGCGCCCAUCGCGAAAAUUACCAUGUAAUUAGAUUGUGUAAUUAGAUUAUAAGGAAUGCAUGAUAUACAUACGCUUUUAAAGCGCCCGUUAUAUAUAUACAUAUAUAUAUAUACACGAUUUUUCACGGGUCAUUGUAGCAUGGCAUAUUAAUGUUCAGAGCAGUCGUAACAGUCAUAACGAGUGCCAAAUUCCUCUUAUAAUGGCGAGCAACAACGAGCGAUUGAACAAUCGUCAAUUAAAAAAUCGUAUCUAUCGGAAUCGAUAUGAGCGAAAUAUUGCAAGGAUAUCGAUACGAAAUGCGUUUGCUAUAAAAAUAAAAUUCGCGACAAAAAAAAUGAUCGUUUGACGCACUUAUAUAAUACUUUAUCAUCGUCAUUAAUUUUAUCAAUAUACCAUUCUCCUUAAUUCGUAUUUCAUCGACGUUUCCAAUCGAACUUGAUCCCUUGGGCCUACAUCUCAUGGAUUAUCUCGUGGAUUAACAAAUGCAAUUUUGGGACCCAAAGUUCGAAAUAUUUCAAAAUAUAAAUAUAUAAAAUGAAAGAGAUUUUUCAAGAGCAUUUUCUCAACUAAUCUAAAUUUCGAAUUAAUUAUUAAACUGUCGAGAAGACAUAAAAAAAAGUAGAAAUUUAUACAUUUUGAAAAUAUAUCCUUUCGAAUAUAUAUAUAUUUUUUUUUUCUUAUUGUUAGAGAAAGAAAUUAUUUUUCAAUCGUUGAGCGCGCGUGCGAUAAAAAAUUCGAUACGAAAUCAGUGACUGGGAAAAGACGGGGAAAUCAAUGCUGCGUAAUUAUAUAGAAAUAAUAGAGACUGAUUGAGACUGACCGAAUGAUCCACGGGAUCUUGUCCGAUGCUGCGGGGAUGAUUCUCGAUUCUCCUCUAUCGCCCUUCGACGCAUCCUACGAUUUGGCACGCGCGAAUCGAAGACACUUAGCACAAGUUUUUAUAUAACGAUAAUCCAAGCGCGCGUUACACUAAUGUCGUUGUAUAGCACAUACUUGCAACGUUGACGCGCAUCUAUUGUACAUAAUCGUGCACAAUGUAACGCGAUGCACUCCCAAUAAAACUGAAAAAAUACACUCUCCCUUUUGAAAACGCGACGCGCUUCGCCAAAGUUCACCAUCGACUUUGAAAAUUGCAGGUUGGUGACGAUUAUCGAAUAACGACACUAUCGAUAAUUGUCGCCAUCUUGCGAUACCGAUGCAAUCAAGUUGCGCGCGCAUUUUGAUUUCAAAAGGUUUCGUACCCCGUAAAGUCCUUCAAACGAUACGUUAUAUCGCGUAGGACACUCAAGUAUAUUCAUAAGCGAUUGAUACUAUUGAGAAAGCGCUAUGCGAAAAUUAAUCACGAGAGAAAAAACUGUUAUUGUUAUAAUGAUGAAAUAAAAAUAAUACUGCAAAAGCGACGAAGCCAUUUUUAAUCCUUCGCGAUCAAAUAAUUUCGAUUAAUUGAAUUCAAAAUUUAAUAAAACAUCUUUUCAAAACAGAGAUCAAAGAGGUCAAAGAGGUUGGAAGUCAUAGUUUGCUCGUAAAGAUAGAUCAGGCGACUAAGCA